AUGCUAUCUUACAAACCAACCCUCGUGGUCCUCUACGCCGUUUCUGUGACAUUUUUUUUCGGUCGGUCCCUUCACGCUUUGGCGAGUCCCCUGCCCUCGCCUACCUCCCUCUUCGAUCACUUGAAUCGACGGGAUUCGACCGCCCUGAAGGUCUUCCUGUCACGUCGCCAAGGCCCGGAGAGUGAGAGUGUCCCUGUCGAUCAAAAGCAAAACAUACCGGCCCCCGAUGCCAGUUCCUAUCAUGACCGUAUCAGCAGCCUCAGCGGCUACUACGUCAAUGCCAAAGAUCAUGCCGCGAACAUCAAAUCUUGUUCCGCUGAGGCUAAGACUGCGAAGGGCAGCGGUUCGGAGUUCUCUGACAAAUGUACAUCUCAAGUCAAGGACUUUCAAAGCAAUAUCUCCGGCUUCCAAAAUACCUUGGCCGUACUUGGGAACAGCCAGAAGGGUUUGGCCAAUUACGAUCGAAGCGAUGAACUAGAAACUCUGCUCAAAAAUCUGGUCAACUUGAACAAGGAAGUUCUCAAGGACAUUGACAUCCUCGUCUACUCCUUGCCGAUCCUUGGUCCUGUUCUUGGUCCUAUUGUCUAUGAAGUCAAAUGCAUUCUCAUCGACAUUCUUGAUGUCCUCGAGAAUCUCACCGACGCCGUUCUCAACGCGAUACGGCCUCUUCUUGGGCCUUUCAUCGACAAAUACUCUCUAACUCAAUCUUGCCAGACUGGUUUGCAGCUUACCGGGCUUUGUACCUGA